CACCGCCCGCACCGCCCACCGCGCUGGGAGGGACGGAGGGGGCGGGGCUACGGGAGCCGGCGCGGCCCAGCAGGCGGCGGCGGGCGUUUCCCGGCGCGCCCCGCGGCGGAUUGUACACAAUCAUCAUGGCCGCUGCCGCCUCCGCCGCCGAUGGUGCCGCGGAGCCGGGCAUGGAGUCGGAGGAGCUGCCGCGGGGCUGCGGGGGAGAGGGCGGCUCGCCGGCGGCGGGGCGGCCUCCGGAGGGCGAGGAGCGGCCGGAGCCCCCGGACACGUCUGUCAGCAACGGCGGGGACGCGGCGGGCGGGCGGGAGCUGGUGGAGCUGCGGGUCAUCUGGAACAAGAACAAGUACGACGUGAAGUUCUGCCUGGACAGCACGGGGGCCGAGCUGAAGCAGAAGAUCCACUCGCUCACAGGGCUCCCGCCUGCCAUGCAGAAGGUGAUGUUCAAGGGGCUGCUGCCUGAGGAGAAAACCCUGCGGGAAAUCAAGGUGACAAACGGAGCCAAAAUCAUGGUCGUCGGCUCUACCAUCAAUGACGUUUUAGCAGUAAAUACACCGAAAGAAGCUGCUCAACAGGAGGUCAAAGCUGAAGAAAAUAAGAAGGAGCCACUCUGCAGACAAAAGCAACACAGAAAAGUAUUGGAUAAAGGAAAACCUGAUGACGUGAUGCCUUCUGUUAAAGGUGUUCAGGAGCGGCUGCCAGCAGUGCCAUUAUCGGGCAUGUACAACAAGUCAGGGGGAAAAGUCAGAUUGACCUUUAAACUUGAGCAAGACCAGCUAUGGAUUGGAACAAAAGAGAGAACAGAAAAGUUACCCAUGGGGUCCAUUAAAAAUGUGGUGAGUGAACCUAUUGAAGGACAUGAGGAUUAUCACAUGAUGGCGUUUCAGCUGGGCCCAACAGAAGCAUCUUACUACUGGGUCUAUUGGGUACCAACUCAAUAUGUUGAUGCAAUCAAAGACACGGUGCUGGGCAAGUGGCAGUAUUUUUGAAAGCACGCUCACCUCUGGCACAGGAAAAUGACACAAAGCUAAGGACACUGCUGGGAGAGGCCUCCACCGUCCCUGGAUGUGAUAGUCCUGGAACUUGUUAAUAAAAUAUGAGAAACGAGGCAUUGAUGGAAGCCAGAGGUGAUGUUCUUUCACCAUUAGUUUACUUUUAACUUAAAAGUUUCACCAUCCCUUUUCUGCAGUCAGCUUCAACCAUAUUUAAAGCAAAUACAAUGGAAAUCAAUAAAUCUUAAUUCACAAAAUAUUGUGUGUAAUACACUUAAAUCUGCUGAGAGUUGAUCUUCCAAUUUAGUUUUAAAAAGAAAAUAUUACAAUGUAUUAUUGAGGAUUUUUUACAUGGUUUGAACAAAAACAAAUAUUUUCAUAAUCUUUCAGUUACAAGCGUUAGACUUAAUUUAGUUACUUGGUUGUGACUGAGAAUUUCAGAAACAGUUUUUUAAAAAUAAACAGUAUGCAAAAUCAAUGUUUAGUAAGCCAUAUUCUGCUGGCCCUUUUAUUUCAGGUUUGACUCUUUGGUAGCAAAACUAAUUUGUUUUUUUUUUAACCCAAAGACCCCCUGCUUAUCUCUUUUUUUUCUUCUUUCUUUCUUUCUCCCCCUGCCCUUGUUUUCAGUACUGGAAGCUGGGGGUGGGUGCUGGGUGUAGCAUGCUUGGAGCAGGUGAAAACCACUGUGGCUGUUCUGUGACCGCAAUGACCCGGUGCUGCUUGCUGUCCCUGUCCAUGCCACCCGCCCUGUCCCUCCCUCUGCUCCCGCUGCCUCUGCCCCCUGUGCCGCGGGCUCGGGAGCGUGUUCCUGGUCACGCUGCUGCAGUCACCGUGCAGCUGCUGCGAUGCUGCUUCCCCGCGAGGGUCCUGCACAGUGCGGGAACCAGAGACCUCCCACCUUGUCUGGUGUGGGGAGCGGGGAGAGAGAAGCUCAGGUGCAUCCUGAAUAACUGCAGUAGUCUUGUGUGACCUGGAUUUGAAAAUUCAUAGCAAUCUUAUUCAGUGAAUCUUACCCAAUUUAGAAUAUCUAUCCAGCAACCGAUCUUUUGAAAUUUAAAUCACCUUUCAGCUUUUCCUCUUGCUCAAGUUUACAAGAAUUUCUUGCAUCCCGUCCUGUCUGACGCACGCUCCUCGCCGUCAGUUUGUGACACUCUGAGUGUCAUCUCAGCCAUUCAUGUGCCAUUUCUCUCAGGUUUUCUGAACGGACCUUGCAGUCCUGAACAGGUGCACACUCUGAACAGAUUGUAUCAUGCAGUCAGACUGAAUCAGUCUUGCUCGGUCUUAAACCUGCGCCUAACAGAUCCCUGUUCUGUUUUUAAUACUGUAGGCCUGACUUUGUGCAAUGCAAGUAGCUCAACAUUUUGUGAAACUCAAGGAGAACGAGCCUUGUAGGGACAGCUAAUCUUAAUGGAUUCUGUGGCCAUUUCUCAUUCUCCUUGAUACAGCUGAAUCUCAGCAGGUGCAAAUUCCCAAAUGAGCGUUUAUUUGGGAGACUGGGCAAAGCAUUCACUUUAUGGUACAUGUUAAUACUACGUAUUUACCUAUAGACUCUCGAUAGCAACAUAAGCAACUUUUGGUUUUCAGUUAGAACAUUCACGCAAUCCAAAUUUAAAGGUGUUUUGUAUCCUACAUAUAAACUAGUGCUGUGCUUGUUGCUCUUGCAGCUUGAGACCUUUCCUUUCUGUGUCCAAGCCACCAGCAGCGUGUUUGGGAUAAUGCAGGGGGACUGGAGCUGGGGGGACAGGAGCUGCAGGGACUGGAGCUGGCAUCAGUUAGUUGGAGGUAAAAUUACAAAUUAAAUGCAGCUAUCACAUUUCUAAUUGCCAAUCCCAGUGUUAAGGUUUAAACUUAAGAUUCAGUACCUGGUGGAGAAUACACGCCACAGGAUAAAGAAAACAGGUGACAUUGGCCUUUCCUGUCACUUGGUGCCACCUUUAACUUGCUGUCUUGUUGGUUCUGUGAUUACCAGCUUCCACUCACUACUUGACAUGCUUGGACCUGCCUGUCCGUCUGUCCAUGUUCCGUUUUCCUUUCCUGUUCCCUCCUGUUCUCACGGUGCUGUGAGUGACCAGGCGGAGGGGCCAGCAGGGUCUGUCCUUCCCAUGGGCACAGUCACUGCAGCCACGUACAAAACCUCAUCUCAAAAGAAACUGAACAUGAAAACUGGGGGUUACAAAGCAGUUUUAAACAUGGAGCAGAAAAUACUAUAAGAAGAUGUGAUACUAUUUAGGUGCUUCUUUUCAAGUUGCAUUUGAUUUGAAAAAUUAUAUUGUUUCACUUUUUUGUUCUAAGUGCAAAGCCUGAAUUAAAGUACAGGGAAGUAAUACUUACAUAAAAUGAUUUAAUUGGUGUCUCUUGGCUUAAUGUAGGAGGUUUCUUGGGAGUUCUUUGAAAUGAAUAUUCCAACUGAACUUGGCAGCACCACUUUUAAGAUCCUUUCUCUUUUGGAAUGUUGAGCUUUGUAUCUUCUGGUGUAGACCAGUUUUCCCAAAGCAAUUACUGACAUUAACUAAUGAUCUUUAGCAUCUAAGAAAAUCCCAUCUCUACCUGGGUAGUGUCACAGCUUGCCUAACCGGGAGCCAUUUCCAGCCUCUCUUCUCACUUAGGAUUUUACUCUCUGAUAUUUGUGGUCGUCUCCAGGGCAAACUCAGCACAAGCGGCCCUGUGGAGGAAUUUGGCAGUUAGUCCUCAGUAAGACAUAAGCAUUGUGAGUAAAGAGCAAAUAUAAUCAAUGUUUUAAGUAGGCUGAUAAAGAUUGCUUUGGGAUCCAAUGUGUCAUCUGCCGUUGGAAGUUUAUGGUUCUAUCUGGUCAUUCCCACGCGUUCAGUUAAAUGACAAUUCAAUGAUGUCCUGUCAAUGGAGAUCGAUCCCCGUUGUAUAUCUGUGUGAUUCCCUGUGAACGUUCUGGGCUGUGAAGUUGUGCUGAGUGCUUUGCUGGCUUUACUAACCAGGGACUGACGUGCCUGUAUGCGAACUUGGGUUUCCCCAGCACAGCACCGCGUUUCCCUGGCACAAUGCUGCGUUUCCCCCACCGCGGGGCUGCUGCUCCUGCUGCCCGGGCAGCGUCUCCCCCACAGCUCUGCACGCCCCUCCCCUGGCAUCCCCCUGGGCCGUCCCUUGUCCUUCCUCAUGCCCGGCACCCCAGGUUUCUUCAUCUCUCCUUGUCCCGAGUCGAGUGUUCCUUCCUUUGCUCUGUGCAUCCCAAGUGCGACCGGUUCCGGGGUUAGUGUUGCAUUGGGAACGCAAAGUACAUCACUAAACCUCAUGUGGGUUUGAACGGAGAUGGAAUCUUGCAUGGAAAUCUUGUAUUACCCACAAGCUUUUUGUAUCAAGUUUGAGAUUAAAGUAAAUAAUUAAUUUCCGUUCACGAUGCUGAUGAGAAAUGUGUAACUAAAAUAAGAAUGUUAUGAUGAUGAAAAAGUGACCUGGAUACAAAGAACUAGAUAAGGAACUGUUAACAUGCAAUACAUCAUAACUGGUAACACGUGGAGACAAUGUGCUGAACGCUGGACUUACGCAGUUCUAUCUGCUCCCUCACACAUCAAGGGCCAGAGAAGCAGUUCCCCUGCGGUUCCCCUGCUGGGUGCGGGCACAGCACCUGUUCCCCAUGCCCACUGCAAGGUUUGGUUCCAGACUGUCCUUCCUCUGUUUACUUUUUAUUCCUCUAGGACUUGAUUUUUUCCAACGCAGCUGUUUCUGUUUUCAGUUCUGUACUCCAGCCGUCUGCACCGUUAGGAUUGGGUUGUUAGCACCUUGUUUUGCUCAUUGAUGUCCUUGUCACUGGGGGAGGGAGGAUGGGGACCAGGAGAGCUGUUGCAAGUCUUGUAUGAAACAUACAGCUGUGUUACCUUCUAGCCAAGGAUUCGCUUUCUGUGGCUCAUGGAAGUUCACUAUGUCUUAUCUGUAUUCUAAGCAGUUAAUUCUUUGGUUUUAUAUAUUAAAACAAAAACAAGUCUUAGGUGUGUGUGUCCACUGCAGAUUUAUUUUAAAUGGAAUAUGUAAGUACCAUGUAUUAUGGUAUUUUUAAAAAAAUCUAUUACCUAUUCCAGGGGAGGGGGAGAUGACAUAUUUAGUCUUAGAUUUGCACUGCUGGAUUUUUUUAAGUGUAACCUUGACUGGUUAUCUUAUUGAUUUAUUCUGUAAAAUUAGUCUUAUGAAUUAAAGUUUGAUAAUUAAGUA